AUGAGCGGCGGCGGCGGCGGCGACGUGGUGUGCACCGGCUGGCUGAGGAAAUCGCCUCCCGAGAAGAAGUUGAGGCGCUAUGCCUGGAAGAAACGCUGGUUUAUCCUGCGGAGCGGCCGGAUGAGUGGUGACCCCGACGUCCUGGAAUACUACAAGAAUGAUCACUCCAAGAAGCCCCUGCGCAUCAUCAACCUGAACUUCUGCGAGCAGGUGGAUGCAGGCCUGACCUUCAACAAGAAGGAGCUGCAGGACAGUUUCGUGUUCGACAUCAAGACCAGCGAGCGCACCUUCUACCUGGUGGCCGAGACGGAGGAGGACAUGAAUAAGUGGGUCCAGAGCAUCUGCCAGAUCUGCGGCUUCAACCAGGCAGAAGAGAGCACAGACUCCCUGAGGAACAUCUCCUCCGCCUCGCACGGGCCGCGCUCCUCUCCAGCGGAGCUCAGCAGCUCCAGCCAGCACCUCCUCCGGGAACGGAAGGCCUCGGCCCCGUCGCACUCCAGCCAGCCGACCCUGUUCACCUUCGAGCCCUCGCUGUCGAACCACGGGCAGCCGGCCCUGUCCACCAGCGCGCCGCAGGAGUACCUCUACCUGCACCAGUGCAUAAGCCGGAGGGCCGAAAACACACGGAGUGCCAGCUUCUCGCAGGGCACCAGGGCCUCAUUCCUCAUGAGAAGCGACACAGCCGUGCAGAAACUUGCCCAGGGCAACGGGCACUGUGUCAACGGGGUCGGUGGUCAAGUCCACGGCUUCUACAGCCUCCCCAAGCCAAGCCGGCACAACGCCGAGUUCAGAGACAGUGCCUACGACCUCCCCCGGAGCCUGGCCGCCCACGGCCACACCAAGGGCAGCCUCACCAGCUCCGAGACGGAUAACGAGGACGCGUAUACCUUCAAGAUGCCCAGCAGCACCCUGUGCCGGGAGUUUGGGGACCUCCUGGUGGACAACGUGGACGUUCCGGCCACCCCGCUCUCGGCCUACCAGAUCCCUAGGACGUUCACGCUGGACAAGAACCACAACGCCAUGGCAGUGGCCACGCCUGGAGACUCGGCCAUAGCUCCCCCACCCCGGCCCCCCAAGCCAAGUCAGGCAGACACACCUCGAUGGGGCAGCCCUCAGCAGAGACCCCCCGUCGGGGAAGGCAGCAGAUCGGUCUCUGCCGCCGCCACCAUCCCCAGGCGCAACACCCUCCCAGCCAUGGACAACAGCCGGCUUCACCGAGCUUCUUCCUGCGAGUCCUAUGACUACCCGCAGCGUGGUGGAGACAGUGCCGGCCGGUCUGCCGAGUCCAUGAGCGAUGCAGUCAGCGCUUUCCUGCCAGCGAAAGCAGUUGUGGGUCGAUCAGACAGCACCAAUUCCGAGGACAACUACGUGCCCAUGAACCCAGGCUCCUCCACCCUGCUGGCUUUGGAGCGAGCCGGUGAUAACUCCCAGAGUGUCUACAUCCCCAUGAGCCCGGGGCCGCAUCACUUUGACCCGCUCGGCUACCCCUCCUCAGCCCUCUCUCUGCACCGAGGCUCCAGCAGAGGGAGUGAGAUCCAGCCACCCCCUGUAAACCGCAACCUCAAGCCUGACCGGAAGACAAAGCCAACACCACUUGACCUGAGAAACAACACCGUCAUCGACGAGCUCCCCUUCAAGUCCCCCGUCACCAGGUCUUGGUCCAGGGCCAUCCACUCCUUCAACCCCAGCUCCUCCCAGUACUGCCGCCCCAUCUCUACUCAGAGCAUCACCAGCACCGACUCCGGAGACAGUGAAGAGAACUACGUCCCUAUGCAAAACCCUGUGUCUGCAUCUCCCGUUCCCAGCGGCACCAACAGCCCAGCCCCUAAGAAGAGCACCGGCAGUGUGGAUUAUCUGGCCCUGGACUUCCAGCCGAGCUCCCCGAGCCCCCACCGCAAGCCAUCCACGUCAUCGGUCACUUCCGACGAGAAGGUGGACUACGUUCAAGUGGACAAGGAGAAGACCCAGGCCCUGCAGAACACCAUGCAGGAGUGGACAGACGUGCGGCAGUCCUCAGAGCCCUCCAAGGGCGCCAAGCUGUGA